AAACCUAAGAGCACCACAGCAGCCGUAGCAACCUUGGAGAUCAACCCAGAGAUGCAGGUAGACGCUCACCUCAACAAGGUGUGUCCUGCCACCGAGGGGGUCUACAACGACCUGUUCUACUCCCGCCUAAACCUGGUUGUCACGGCGCUGGACAAUGUAGAGGCUCGUAGAUACGUCGACAGCCGCAGUGUAUCCAAUCAGAAGGCUCUUCUGGAUUCCGGUACCAUGGGAACCAAAGGACACACGGAGAUCAUCGUGCCCAACCUGACCGAGUCUUACAACAGCCAUAGGGACCCACCAGAAGAGGAGAUUCCGUUCUGCACCCUGAAGUCUUUCCCUGCUGUCAUAGAACACACCAUCCAAUGGGCACGGGACAAGUUUGAGAGUGCGUUUGCCCACAAGCCCACCAUCUAUAAUAUGUUUUGGCAGACCCACUCCUCUGCAGAAGCCGUGCUGCAGAGGAUGCAGCAGAGGGAGACUCUGGAGGGGGCGUUCCAGGUUGUCAAGCUGCUGAGUCGACGGCCCAGCCAAUGGGAACACUGUGUCAUCCUGGCACGCCUCAAAUUCGACAAGUACUUCAAGAGAAAGGCUCUACAGCUGCUACACUCCUUUCCCCUGGACACUCGGUUAAAGGACGGCAGUUUGUUCUGGCAGUCACCUAAACGACCCCCGUCUCCCAUAGAGUUUGACCUGAAGGACUCACUACACUUCAGUUUUGUCGUGAGCGCAGCUCGGCUUUAUGCUGAAAUCUACAACAUCCCCUACUCAGAGAAGGAUCUGUCGCAGGAAGCAGUUUCCAGGGUGUUGUCAGAGAUUACCGUCCCAGAGUACAGGCCAGCAGAGAAGCGUAUUGAGACUGAUGAGAAUGUGAAGAAGCCUGAUCAGAUGAAGCUGUCCGUGAGCAGCGAGGAGGAGAGAGAGGCCAUCGCCCAGUUAGAGGAGGCUAUCACUGCAGACCACGUUACACCAGAGAGGUUACGGAUGUCUCCCCGGAUGUUCGAGAAGGACGAUGACCUCAACGGCCACAUGGACUUCGUGGCGUCGGCCUCCUCCCUCAGGGCCAGGAUGUACUCCAUCGAGGUGGCCGACCGCCUCAAGACCAAACGCAUCGCCGGGAAGAUCAUCCCCGCCAUCGCCACGGCUACCGCCGCCGUCGCCGGGCUGGUGUCGUUGGAGCUGGUGAAGGUGGUGGGAGGAUACGGGUUUGAGUCGUUCAACAACUGUUUCUUCAACCUGGCCAUUCCUGUCAUGGUCCUCACCGAGGCUGCUCCUGUCAAGAGAACACAGAUCAGGGAAGACAUCUCUUUCUCUAUCUGGGACCGCUGGACUGUGUGGGGUCACCAACACUUCUCCCUCUCUGACUUCAUCAACGCAGUGUUGGUGCAUUAUGGGAUAGAACCUACCAUGGUUGUCCAUGGAGUGAAGAUGCUCUAUGUUCCUGUGAUGCCAGGACACAACAAGAGACUGAAACUAACGAUGCAGAAGUUGAUCAAGCCGUCUGUAGACCGUGGCUAUGUUGACCUGACCGUGUCCUUCGCUCCAGAGUCAGAUGGCGAUGAGGACCUUCCUGGACCCCCCGUUAGGUACUACUUCAGCCCCGACGGAGACGCUCACACCGCCUGACACGCCCGGACCAUAGCAUCCCUGACGCCCUCAGUCCCCUCGAACUGACCCCCUGUACCUGCAAAAUCCUAGUUGACAACAGUGGUAGUCUUGAACAGGGGUGGAUUCUAGAACAGGGGUGGAUUCUAGAACAGGGGUGGAUUCUAGAACAGGGGUGGAUUCUAGAACAGAUGUUGAUUCUCGAAUAUAUUUUGAUUCUAGAAUGGGUGGAUUCUAGAAUAUAUGUUGAUUCUAGAAUAUAUGUUGAUGCUAGAAUAUAUGUUGAUUCAAGAACAGAUGGUGAUUCUAGAACAGAUGGUGAUUCUAGAACAGGGCUGGCCCCAUGGACCAUUAUUAGAGAAAGAGCAUAGAGGUAGAAAGGUGGCUCUAGAUGGAUAUAACCUGGUCUGAUGAGUUCUCUUUCUACCUCUAUGAGAAGAGCGAAGCACUUGACUGUGUACAUAGUAGUCCCUCUGUGUUUUCUACUCUGGUUUAAAACACCGUUCUGACUGGUGUUUUCUACUCUGGUUUAAAGCACAGCUCUGACUGGUGUUUUCUACUCUGGUUUAAAGCACAGCUCUGACUGGUGUUUUCUACUCUGGUUUAAAGCACAGCUCUGACUGGUGUUUUCUACUCUGGUUUAAAGCACAGCUCUGACUGGUGUUUUCUACUCUGGUUUAAAACACCGUUCUGACUGGUGUUUUCUACUCUGGUUUAAAGCACAGCUCUGACUGGUGUUUUCUACUCUGGUUUAAAGCACAGCUCUGACUGGUGUUUUCUACUCUGGUUUAAAGCACAGCUCUGACUGGUGUUUUCUAGUCUGGUUUAAAGCACAGCUCUGACUGGUGUUUUCUACUCUGGUUUAAAGCACAGCUCUGACUGAUGUUUUCUACUCUGGUUUAAAGCACAGCUCUGACUGGUGUUUUCUACUCUGGUUUAAAGCACAGCUCUGACUGGUGUUUUCUACUCUGGUUUAAAGCACAGCUCAGACUGGUGUUUUCUACUCUGGUUUAAAGCACAGCUCUGACUGGUGUUUUCUACUCUGGUUUAAAGCAUAGCUCAGACUGGUGUUUUCUACUCUGGUUUAAAGCACAGCUCUGACUGGUGUUUUCUACUCUGGUUUAAAGCACAGCUCAGACUGCUAUGCACAUGCCUUAACUAACAACCUUGUUGUGUUUGUCACGACGACGACGAUGAUGCUAAGAAUAAAAACGACAGUGUUUACACACCCAUACAUGCACACUUUCCGUGAUUUUCAUUAGAGAGAGAGAGAGAGAGAGAGAGAGAGAGAGAGAGGGAGGGAGGGAGGGAGGGCUAAAAGGCGGGAUCACAAUCGUCACCUAAACGUUCCUAUUGGCUCAUGGGGGAUUUUGGAUGAUUGAUAGCGACAUAGGCGUGUCCCCAAUCGUCUCUCCUUCCUCCCAGAGUGCACUUGUUCACUUCCCUUCACAGGUUUUUAAAAGGAAAUGACUUGGUAUCAUAAAUAUGAUGAUUCCUACUAACCCAUGCCUCCACCAAUCAAAGAAGGAAGGAGAUAUUAUUGGGACGCCCCCUAUAUGCCUCCACCAAUCAAAGAAGGAAGGAGAUAUUAUUGGGACGCCCCCUAUAUGCCUCCACCAAUCAAAGAAGGAUGGAGAUAUUAUUGGGACGCCCCCUAUAUGCCUCCACCAAUCAAAGAAGGAUGGAGAUAUUAUUGGGACGCCCCCUAUAUGCCUCCACCAAUCAAAGAAGGAUGGAGAU